AAAAUCACUUCUAGACUCUUUGCUCAGCUCAGCGUUUCGAAAUUCGGGCCCAUCAGAAUGAUCUUCAAGUCUUCUGUACAUAGAGCUUCGACACUCUUUUCAACUGAGCUUUCACAAGUUCUACGAAAAAGAUGCCUAUCCACUGCCGUGUCACCUGUCGAGCUGGCCCACGACGAACACAUACCUGCAGAUGGAAAUCGGUCGCAUAGACCACUCCUCAUCCUACACGGAUUCUUCGGUUCGAAACGCAACUGGCAAUCUCUCUCCAAGGCGUUCAUGCGCGACCUCAGCAGACCCGUAUAUACACUUGAUUUGCGAAACCACGGAUCUUCACCGCAUGCUAGACCGAUGACGUAUUCUCACAUGGCGGCGGACGUCUUUAGUUUCUGUCAGAAGCACUCACUGCGCAAUAUAUCACUUAUGGGACAUUCUAUGGGCGGCAAGGUCGCGAUGGCCCUUGCAUUGCAUCCCGAACUACCCUCUAACUUACUCACAGACCUUAUAGUGUCUGACAUCGCUCCCGUCAGAGCCAAAGUCUCGCAGGAUACCGUACAACACAUACGUGCUAUGGAAAUAAUACAGGCAGGCAACAUCUCCACCAGAAAGGAAGCGGACGAAAUAAUGUCUGAGCACGAACAGGAUCCCAGUGUCCGAUCAUUUCUGCUUACGAAUCUGGAGAUUAACAAAGCAACGCCCGUGAAAUUCAAGAUCCCUGUCGACAUUUUGAAAGAAGGCCGAGCAGAGAUAGAAUCUUUCCCUUAUGCGCCUGGGGAACGAUCCUGGGAUGGUCGUGCCUUGAUUAUCAAGGGAAAGAAGAGCAAAUACAUUAAUCGUCACAACAUACCUUUAAUUGAUCAAUUUUUCCCACAGAAUCAGCUGAAAGAGCUUGACACUGGACACUGGGUGCAUGCCGAGCUACCACAUGAAUACAGGAAGCUAGUCGUAAAUUUUAUCACACAAUAGACAUAUAUUUAACUACAAUCUACCAAUAGAAGACACCGUUUACGCCUGCGUGUGAGU